AUGAUCUCAGAGGCUACCACUGAGGAAACCACUGAUGUGUCGCCUGGAGAGAAAUCACAACCGUCUCUGCCUCCAAUUGAGGUGAGCGAUGAGCUGGAGGAAGAGGAAGACGGUCCCAUGCCUACUCGAGGGAGUAAGCGGAUUCUGCUCCAACGGUUCACAGUGUACAAUUCGAUCAGCACGAUGUAUAUUGUUGGUUCCAAUGCCAAAGAGACCCUUUUCCGGAUCUUGGAAAUCCAGCGUGAUAAGGAUAACGAUAUUGUCGACAUCAUUGAGGAGAAGAACUACUUCUACACAAGGAAGGAUAUGGUGGAGUUACUCAAUUCAUUAGACGAACUGAUCGAAGGGGGGAUCCACAAAAUUGCUCAAGGCUACGGUUUGUUGGGGCUCAUCAAGUUCACCGCUGACUACUACCUUUGCAUUGUUACCAAGUGUUCGCAGGUUGCUAUCAUUGGCGGUCACUAUGUUUACCACAUGGAUGACACACGUCUUAUCCCUCUCGAUAUUAACUACCGUCGACCAGAAAAAUAUUCUGACGAAGAGAAGCUCUUGUCUAUUUUUAAGUAUCUUGAUCUCGGCAAGACCUUUUAUUUCAGUUACGGGUAUGACAUUACCAACUCCCUCCAAACGAACUUGUGCCGGUUAAAACAGGACCACCAGCCUCAAUUUGCAUUUAACGACCGAUUCGUCUGGAAUAGAACUCUUUUGGAGCCUAUUAUCCGACAUCAUUGGGGUGCUACGACCUACGAGUGGUUUCAGCCUAUAAUCCAUGGAUUCAUUGACCAAGCUAGUAUCAACGUUACCGGGAGAAAGUUCUACAUCACCUUGAUUGCUCGUCGAUCCCAUUACUACGCUGGUGCCAGAUUUCUCAAGCGAGGUAUCAAUUUGAAUGGUGACGUCGCCAAUGAGAUCGAAACUGAACAGAUUGUAUCCGAUAUGCUUCUCACCAGUUUCCACGAUCCCAACUUUGGCUUUGGUAACAGUACCCGGUGGACGCUGUACGUCCAACAUCGUGGUCUGAUCCCAUUAUUUUGGACGCAGGAUAUGAACAAGUUGCCUAAACCUCCUAUUGAAAUCUCAUUGCUGGAUCCUUAUUACCUGGCACUGGCGACCCACUUUAACAAUUUGUUUGAGAGAUACUCUUCGCCAAUUACCGUCCUCAACUUAAUCAAAACCCUGAAGGAAAAGCAAGCCCGAGAACUGAAAUUGAAUGGCCACUUUGUCAACUGUAUCAAGUACCUUAACCAAUUCCUACCAAAAGAAAACAAAAUUUUGUACCAUGGAUUCGAUAUGAGUCGUCACUCGAAGAAGAAUUUGGAUGUGAUUCGUCCUAUCCAGCAAAUCGCUCAAAGUCUGAUUGCCAACACUCUGUUUUUCCACAAUGGUCCUCCGGAAAAAAUGAAGUUGCAAAAAGGGAUAAUACGAACUAAUUGUAUCGAUUGCUUAGAUCGUACAAAUGCUGCUCAAUUCAUCAUUGGGAAAGAAGCUUUACUUCACCAGUUACAAGCACUCCAUUUAAUGAGCUCCCUGGACGACACUGCUGGUUUCUCUCAACUCGAAUAUGACCUGGAUGCCGUGAAUAUUUUGACAGAAAUGUUUCACGAUCAUGGUGACACCAUUGCGAUUCAAUACGGGGGGCUGAACUUGGUGAACACUAUGGACUCAUACCGCCGUAUCAAUCAAUGGUCUUCACAUACUCGAGACAUUUUGAACCUGGUGAAGCGGAUAUAUCUGAACUCAUUCAUGGAUCUGAUCAGACAGGAAGCAAUCAACCUUUUCCUUGGGAAUUAUGUUUACGACUUGAACCGUCCAAAAUUGUGGGAGCUCCAAACCGAUUUCUCCCUUCAUAACAAGUUGGCAGUGGAUGACAUCCGCAAGAAAAUCAGUUACAUCCAUUGGUACAACGAAAACUACUUUCAUCAGGAUCAGAAGCUCUUGGCUGGUGGCGACGAAACAAGAUUGUGGACGCAUGAUUCGACUGACAGCUGGUUCAAUGAAUGCUAUAAGGCGAAGAAGUUUCAACUGUUCACUGAGGUAUUUCAAUUCUCAAUGAAUUCAACCCUGCGCUAUUUCAGUGCUGAAGAUAACGUCGAUGCUAACGAUAUAAAUCCAUUCCGAUCACGCAAACGGCAGCCACCUCCAGUGGCGGCGGCCCACAGCGCAAAACCUCGUGAGCCUAAGGUUACUGAUAUAACUCCCAUCUCGCCUUUGAGUUUUGGUGUUAGUGAGGAGAACAAACAGUUUUACAGCGAUUACUUGAAUUACGCCAAAUUAGGGGAGACGACACUGGUGCCUCAACCACAAGUGUCGCAUUUGUCCACUCUGGCAGUGGACAAAGACGUCUACAAUUACUACCUGGCCAUGCAAUUCAGCAGUCGGCAUGCCGACUCAAGACUAUACGGUCAGUAUUGCGGGCUCGAACAAACUCAGCUUGAGGCUGAGGACGACUACUUUAGAUAA